AUGAGUCAAAAAGGCUAUAAACAGACGCUCGAGGAGAGAAGGAGGGGUGAACUGUCCCUUAGUGAGUUCGCAGAGUACGUUGAAAAGCAGCAGGCGAACCGAUACGGCGGGUCGCAAGCCCGCGAUGUCUCGGUCGCACCCAGCGACAGCGGCUAUUUUACGGCUACUCGUUCCACGGCAGUGGCGGAAGAGCAUCCGGAACUAGAUAUCUUGGAUCAGCUGGGCUUUUCCGACAGCUCACCACCGGUGAAAUUAAAAAGUUUACUACUUGACGACUCCCCGGACGCCGAAACUACUCUCCAACAACUUGCUACGGUCGUGAAAUCCCGAGUCGAUGAAGGACAGGGGGAGACUAUCUUCGACCUUGGCCAGGAAGACAACGGCGAAUGGAUGGGAUUCAACAAGGAACAAUGGGACCUCGCUUUACGCCGCUUGCAGGAAGCAGCUCAUCUCUACCAGGCUGAUUGCUCUGUGCUUCUGACAUAUAAUGUCGGUGGCCCAGCCGAAGCAGAAACCAAAAGCGACCGCAUCAAGUCCGCUUAUGGCAAAGUCUUGAUUCGACGCGUAGCAGGUACGGUGGAAGAUGUUAUCGAAACUAGAAUCGCGGUUGUCGGGAACGUUGAUGCGGGCAAAAGUACCCUUCUUGGUGUCCUGGUGAAGGGCAAAUUGGAUGAUGGGCGUGGAAGGGCAAGAGUCAACCUCUUCCGCCACAAACAUGAGAUUGAGAGCGGCAGGACUAGCUCUGUUGGUAUGGAAAUCAUGGGGUUUGAUACACAUGGCCACAUUGUGGGACGUGGCCAACAGCGCAAGCAGUCGUGGGAGGAAAUUGGCAGGCAGUCUGCCAAAGUCAUCUCUUUCACUGAUCUGGCCGGGCACGAACGAUACCUACGAACCACCGUGUUUGGCAUGCUGAGCAGUAGUCCCAAUUACUGCUUACUCAUGGUCGCGGCCAAUAACGGAUUGAUUGGUAUGAGCAAAGAGCAUUUGGGAAUUGCAUUGUCUCUGAAUGUGCCAGUUAUGGUCGUUGUAACCAAAAUCGACAUCUGCCCGCCACAGAUCCUUCAACAGACGCUGACCCAAUUAACUCGAAUAUUGAAAUCUCCCGGAGCCAGAAAAAUCCCUGUUUUCAUCAAGACUUUGGAGGAAACUGUUAACACUGCUACUCAGUUUGCCAAUCAGCGCAUUUGCCCCAUAUUCCAAGUGUCCAAUGUCACAGGAGAAUCGCUCGAUCUGGUACGGACAUUUUUGAACAUCCUUCCUCACCACGGCCACUACAACCCUGAUGCGCCGUUUGAAUUCCUUGUGAAUGAUACCUUUUCAGUCCCAUUUGUGGGUACUGUGGUAUCUGGGGUCGUCAAGUCCGGGGUGGUCCAUGCAGGUGACAAUGUUCUUAUCGGGCCUGACUCCCUUGGUCAGUUUAGACCAACGGUAAUCAAGUCGAUUGAACGAAAACGCCUGCCUGUUCAUGCUUGUUCCGCCGGCCAAAGCGCGUCAUUCGCUCUCAAAAGCGUCCGUAGGAAAGAAGUUCGCAAAGGCAUGGUUGUUUUACCAAAACUCGAGAAACCCCCAAGAGUGUUUCGCGAGUUUGUUGCAGAAGGCAAGUACUUACCCGUUCCCCUCUUGAUCCUUUCCCAUGCGACCACUAUCAAGCCGAAAUACCAAGCGAUGCUUCAUGUUGGGGCGGUGAGCCAAACAUGUGCGAUUAUCGACAUUGAUCGCGACUUCAUUCGUACGGGCGACCGUGCGUUGGUCGCUUUCAGAUUUAUCCAGAGACCCGAAUUCCUUUCCGUUGGAGACCGCAUUCUGUUCCGCGAGGGUCGAACCAAAGGCUUGGGAAUAGUAAAAGCUGUGAGCUAUGAUCCCAAAAACCCCUUGAACCCAAACCUGAAGAAGCCGGAAGAGCACAAUGGGACUGCACAAUAA